UCGACGAAACAAUAUUUUAUUUCUCUCAGAGGUCAGUCAACAAACUGACAAUACAAACAAUCUCAUACUCUAUUUUCUCUGAAACAAUGGGUGGAGGUGGUGGACAUGCUCCUCAUGAGGUACCAGAUUGGAAGAUCUAUAAGGCAGAAGGAAUACCAGAACUAGAUCGCCUUCAGAAAAGAUUGGGAGCUUUAGGUUUAAAGGAUCCUUGGAUACGUAAUGAAGUUUGGCGUUUCCACCCAUCUGUUAAUGGAACAACCAGCUGGGGGAUCAUCGCUCUACGUAGAACUUUCCGAGGAUUUGGAAUAGCAGUUGCUGCAUUGGCUGUCACAAUAGCCUUCGACAAAUUAACAAACAAAGGCAAAACAGAUGACCAUGGUCACCAUUAAAGAAUCUUGAGACUUCAAUGAACUAUUUAACUAUGUCAAUGACUUGCUGAUGUGCAGAACAGUGAUUAUAGGAAAACAAAAAACAUUCAUUCUUUUGUACUAGUUGUGAGUGGCCUGCUAAGAUGAUUUGUGUUUCUAAAAUGUAUGCGACUAGAGUAUACUCCAUGAAAUGUAAAGUAUUUAUCAUUGGAUUACUUUCUAAAUUUGGUUAAGAUUAAAAAUGGUGUUUUUAA